AUGAUAGCCGAUAAUGACGAAUUCACUUUUACAAAAAUUGAAAGCGAAUUUCCCGAGUUAGAAGAAUACGACUGUUUAAUUAGAGUCGAAUAUUGCGGUGUAUCACAUACUGAUCUCCUUGCCUCAGCUGGCACCGUUCCUGGACAUGAAGUAGUUGGUAUAAUUGAAGAUGUUGGACUUCUCGUAAAAAAUUUGGAAGCUGGUACGAGGGUGGGGGUUGGCUGGCAGCUUUCUUCUUGCCAUGCUUGUAAAUUUUGUGAGUCUAAUCGUGAAAACUUGUGUCCUGAUAAAAAAAGUUUUAAAGAUGCGCUGCUGGGUGGCUUUGGUGAAUACAUUAUCUGGGAUGCUCGUUUUGUCUAUACAAUUCCAGAAGAGAUACCUUCUGCUGAGAUAGCACCAUUAUUAACUGCAGGUGCUUCAGUUUAUGCUCCACUGAAAGAAUUAAGCAUUAUGCCUACUAGUCGUAUUGGAAUAGUGGGAAUUGGCGGACUUGGUCACCUGGCAAUAAAAUUUGCUAAGGCUUGGGGAUGCUAUGUUAUAGCGAUAUCUAGCAGUUUGAACAAGAAAGAAGAAGCAUUGAAUUUUGGUGCAGAUGAAUUUAUGACUAUUUCGGCUAAUCGUGAAACAUUAGAAAGUAUUGGACAACUCGAUGCUAUUUUCAGUACAGUAUCAGUACCAAUAGAUUGGAAUAAUCUCUUAAAAUUACUAAAUCCUUACGGCAAGUUUAUUAUGUUGGGUGCUGUACCUUUUCCAAUGACUGUGGAUGGUAAUUUGAUAAUAAAUAAAAAAAUUAGUUUAAUUGGAUCAAUAGCAGCGUCACCUGAAUGUAUACGCUCUAUGAUAGAAUUUGUUGCUGUACAUAAUAUUAAAGCAGAGAUAGAGCUGAUGGAAAUGAAUACUGAAAAUUGCCAGACUGCAUUUCAACGUAUUGGAAGAAAUUUGGCUCGUUAUCGGAUUGUAUUAAAAAAUUUAAAAUUGGAUACACCUGAUAAUUCAGUGGAGGGUGACCAUGAAAUAGAGGAAGAAGGAUCUAGCCAUGAAGAUUAUAAAGAUAACUAA